UCUUCGGUGCUGGCUAAAAUUGCUUUGCCCUGCUCUCGGAGAGAGACAGAAGGGGGAAGAAUUAACGUAUAAAAAUAAAGCCUUUUAUGGGCUACCCUCACACAUCCAGCGGUUCGCCGAGGGACUCGCGCAAACAACGUGGAGGAAUGUGAGCGCGCGCGGAUCAGACUCACCGGCCUUCUGCACGUGCGCGAGAGGUGCAGAUCCGAACGCUGAAACCUGAAGCUGAGGCUGUCAGCGCCGAGGUUAAACAGUCCCGAGAUAUGUAGAGAAAAAAAAACGAUAGAUUUCUCUCGUUUGGUCGUUUUAGCGUGUUUGGGAUUGUGACCGCCACUGUUUUGUUUUGUUUUGUUUUUGUUCAGUUGAGGGAAGCUUCGAAGCGAAAGGAAGGACGUACACUGAAUCUCGGGAGAAGCUAAAACUAACGAAGGCCCCUUGGAUUGGAGGGGGCAGCAGCCAUCGCAGAAACGGGCGAAAUGAGGAAAAAUUGAAUUAUUUCCUCAGACAAAAGACAAUAUACGGAUACACGUCAUCUAUAAAAACACAGGACAUGUUUUGAGAUGUUCGGAUUCUGGAUGGGAAGCUAGAACAGCACGAACAAGUCUAGUUGCAGCUAAAAUAAUUUGCCCUGGUGUUGCUAACCAGCUAGCUAGGCUACACGGCUGCCUGUGUGAGGAUCAGGGCUACAAGUAGGAAACGAGGGCCUUGUUAUGCUGAUAUGGUUAAAACCAUACAAGACCCUCGUGUAUGUGUUUCGUUGUGUUUCAAAAAUUCGAAACGAUUCGAGUUUUUCAGUCAGUACGUUAUGUAAAUCCGUUUCGUGACAUGAACUCGUCUUUUCUUCGGCUCUUCGUUGGAAAGUUGAGGGUGGAGGCCUCAAGUGAUCAAUGGAUGGAUAUUAAGCUUCUUUAGCUGUCUAGGACAGUUAUGAAAACACGCAUAAUGAACUCGUUAGUCAUACAUCAAUGUCAUGGGUGAAAUGGUCAUUGAGAUGGGCUGCUUGGGCAACAGCAAGACCGAGGAUCAGAGGAACGAAGAGAAGGCGCAACGGGAAGCAAACAAGAAAAUCGAGAAACAGCUUCAGAAAGACAAACAGAUCUACAGGGCCACGCACCGACUCUUACUUUUGGGUGCUGGAGAGUCUGGGAAGAGCACUAUUGUCAAACAGAUGCGGAUUUUGCAUGUUAAUGGCUUCAAUGCUGAAGAGAAGAAACAGAAGGUUCAAGACAUUAAGAACAACAUAAAAGAGGCCAUAGAGACUAUAGUUGCUGCUAUGAGUACUCUUGCUCCACCCGUCCUGGUCGCCUGUCCAGAAAACCAACGGCGAAUCGAAUACAUCACCAACUUACCUAAUCAGAAGAACUUUGAGUUCACUUCUGAAUUUUAUGAGAAUACAAAAAAACUAUGGCAGGAUGAUGGAGUCAAGGCCUGUUACGAGCGUUCCAAUGAGUAUCAGCUGAUUGACUGUGCACAGUACUUUUUAGACAAAAUAGACAUGGUGCAGCAGAGUGACUACACACCAUCUGACCAGGACUUGCUCAGAUGCAGAGUUCUGACCUCUGGUAUUUUUGAGACAAGAUUCCAGGUGGACAAAGUCAACUUCCACAUGUUUGAUGUGGGUGGGCAGAGAGAUGAGCGUCGAAAGUGGAUCCAGUGUUUUAAUGAUGUAACUGCCAUCAUCUUUGUAGUGGCAAGCAGUAGCUAUAACAUGGUCAUCCGAGAAGACAAUCAAACCAACCGCCUCCAAGAAGCACUUAAUCUCUUCAAAAACAUCUGGAACAACAGAUGGUUGCGGACCAUCUCUGUAAUUCUCUUCCUGAAUAAGCAGGACCUCCUAGCUGAAAAGGUCAUGGCGGGAAAGUCAAAAAUUGAAGAAUAUUUUCCUGAGUUUGCUCGGUACACCACACCAGAUGAUGCAAGCCCUGAGCCAGGAGAGGAUCCGCGAGUCACAAGGGCAAAAUAUUUCAUUCGGGACGAGUUCCUGAGGAUCAGCACAGCAAGUGGUGAUGGCCGCCACUAUUGUUAUCCACACUUCACGUGCGCAGUGGACACAGAGAACAUUCGCCGUGUCUUCAACGACUGCCGAGACAUUAUCCAGAGAAUGCAUCUCCGCCAGUAUGAGCUUUUGUGAUUGGCCGAGCUCGAGGGGCAAACUUUUAAAGAGACUGACUUCUGAAAGUCUUGUGUUUUCGGCGGAGUUUGAGAGUGGAUCGUCUAAGAGCUGUGGGCUAUGGGCCCCUUACACCGCAUAAACACAUACACAAACACACACUUUUAUCAUGCUGUUGAGGACCAAAUAUCAUGCCUUAUCCAUUUGAAGCAGCAACCUCAUUUCAAGGCAGUUAACUGCACACACAUGCAUACACUGACUGAGAUGUAAAAGUUUAUUUAAAAAGUCAAGUCAUAUGAUCAUUUGCACAAUUAGAUGUGACACAAAAGUAUAUAAAAUUGCUCAAUCUGACAAAAGUUGUACUCCUACAAACACGUAGCUUACAGUUUCUAGUUUUGCUUCUUGUCAGCUCACCCACUCAUCAGAGUGUAUGCCACAACACACAGUGCUGACCCUGGCAGUACCUGACAGUUUUGAGCUGAUUUGUGAUUGCCCCAACUGCUGGACCUGAAUUACAGUACAGUGCUUGACUGUUGAGUUUUCAGUUGACUGGAUCAGCUUUUUUUGCCAUCCCGUGACCUCUCUUAUGGAGAGAAGGAUGAUUACCAAAUGCUAGAAGAGCAGGACAGGCCGCAGUAAAGAUGGACACUUGGGACACGAACCCUGUCAUGUGACUUACUAACUGCUUUCGGAUGAUAAACUUGAACGAUCGCAACUCUCCACUCCGCAUCCCCACUCCCUUCUUUGAUCUACUAAUUUAAUGCAAAUAAUUUGAUUGAGAGCACUCUUGCUUUUGGGGGGAGAACACACACACACACAGGUAAAGAUGACUUGCCAAUGGAAUACUGUUCCCCUCUAUUGUAUUUCCUAUCGGUCACUCUUGCCAUCUUCCCAGUCUAACUUUUCCUGUUCUCCUGCUCUCUCUUUCCCCCAACCCUCUAUUUUAUUGCUGGACUAUUAUUCUUGUACAGACUGCAAAAUGUAUUAUUUUGUACUUUAUUGAAAAAAAAAGACUUGUAGAAGUUCCUGUGCCUUGAUCACAACACUGCGUGUAAAAAGAAAAAAGAGCUAAAGGCGUAAGGUAUGUCUGCGCUGUAUUGCUUAGCCUCUUAGCCACCCUUCCAACCAAUCAAUUGAGCCUAUUUGUUGCGCGCUCUCUCUCUCUCUCUCACUCUCUCUCUCUCUCUCUCUCUCUCUCUCUCUCUCUCUCUCUCUCUCUCUCUCUCUCUCUCUCUCUCUCUC